CUUUGGGGCUUACACUUAUCAAAUCACGGCCUCUUGCGACGGCCAUUUUGUUUCGAUUCAGGUCAGAAGAGCGAUAAUCAUGCUAUCUCAAAGGCUAGCAGCCUCCCUUUUGAGGCAUUUGCCAAGAGCUGCUACCAAGGUUACAAAAAAUGCACUUGGAGCUGGCUUUGUGCAGUUGAAGAAUCUUUCUACUUCCAAGACAAACUUUGCUAGUUCCCCUGAAGUCUCUGCCAUCCUUGAAGACCGUAUUCUAGGCCAAACCGCCACAGCCGAACUUGAAGAAACAGGUCGUGUAUUAAGUAUUGGAGAUGGUAUUGCUCGUGUUUAUGGACUUAAAAAUAUUCAGGCUGAGGAGAUGGUGGAGUUCUCCUCCGGUCUAAAGGGUAUGGCCUUGAAUUUGGAGCCUGACAAUGUUGGUGUGGUAGUAUUUGGUAAUGAUAAACUUAUCAAAGAAGGAGAUGUUGUCAAAAGAACUGGUGCUAUUGUGGAUGUUCCUACUGGCGCUGAGAUUCUAGGCAGAGUAGUUGAUGCCCUGGGAAAUCCUAUUGAUGGAAAGGGACCAUUGAAUGCUUCAGGCAGGCAGCGAGUGGGUAUUAAAGCCCCAGGUAUUAUUCCCCGAACAUCUGUAAAAGAACCCAUGCAGACUGGUAUCAAAGCUGUAGACAGUCUUGUACCUAUUGGUCGUGGUCAGAGAGAGUUGAUCAUUGGAGACAGACAAACAGGAAAAACUGCCAUUGCUGUAGAUACCAUUAUUAACCAAAAAAGGUUCAACGAAGGCCAGGAUGAGAAAAGCAAGCUGUACUGUAUUUAUGUAGCUAUUGGACAGAAACGAUCUACAGUUGCCCAGCUAGUCAAGAGACUCACAGAUGCAGAUGCCAUGAAGUAUACCAUUGUUGUAUCUGCUACUGCGUCUGAUGCUGCCCCUCUCCAAUACUUGGCUCCAUACUCUGGUUGUGCCAUGGGAGAAUACUUCAGAGAUAAUGGCAAACAUGCCCUCAUCAUCUAUGAUGAUUUGUCCAAACAGGCUGUUGCCUACCGUCAGAUGUCCCUGUUGCUGAGGCGUCCCCCAGGUCGUGAGGCCUACCCUGGUGAUGUAUUCUAUCUUCACUCCCGUCUCCUUGAGAGAGCAGCUAAAAUGAAUGAUGACUUUGGUGGUGGUUCUCUCACUGCCCUCCCAGUCAUUGAGACACAGGCUGGUGACGUAUCUGCCUACAUCCCAACUAAUGUCAUCUCCAUCACUGACGGUCAGAUCUUCUUGGAAACUGAGCUCUACUACAAGGGCAUCCGUCCCGCCAUCAACGUAGGUCUCUCCGUAUCACGUGUAGGAUCUGCUGCUCAGAUUAAAGCCAUGAAGCAGGUGGCUGGUUCCAUGAAACUUGAGCUGGCCCAGUACCGUGAGGUAGCUGCCUUCGCACAGUUUGGAUCAGAUCUUGAUGCUUCAACUCAACAGCUUCUCAACAGAGGUGUACGAUUAACCGAAUUACUAAAGCAGGGACAAUAUGUCCCCAUGGCUGUAGAAGAGCAGGUGGCAAUCAUAUACGCCGGUGUCCGUGGUAUGCUCGAUAAAGUUGACCCAAGCAAAAUCACUAAAUUUGAACAAGCAUACCUUAAACAUCUACAGAGCAGUCAGCAGGAAGUCCUUUCCACUAUAGCCAAGGAAGGAAAAAUCACAGAUGCAACAGAAGCUAAACUUAAAGAAAUUGUUCUAAAUUUCCUUGCUGGAUUCGAAGCUUGAUUAUAGUUAAUUCUAGGUUAUUUAUAAACAUAAUAGACAAUUGUUUCCACUGCCAGUCUGCCUGAUUUGAUUCAAUGGACUAUGUGUAAAUAGACAAUGGAUAAUGUCAACUUGUGUGGGAUUUUAUUGAGUAGGUAAACAAAUUGCCAAACUAUAUUUUGUAAGCACACAGGAAAUAGGCCAAUGUAAAAUGAAAACAGUUGUUAAAAAAUAAUAUAGUUACAAAAUAUAAUUGUUGUUGUGUUAUUAUGAACAUGAUAACUGAGACGCGUGGGGUGUACCACCCUAAAAUGACAAAAAUAUGAACAUGUUACUGGAUGCUGAAUCAAAUGUAAUUACAGAAUUUUAUUUAUAAUAGAUGGCAUUCAUAUUCAAAUCAGACUCUGCAGCUAAAGUUUACCAUAUUAGAAUCCAUAAGCACUGGUCCAAAGCAGGGUGUGUUAGAAAUGCCAUUUCUCUUAGUAAAUGCAUAUUUGGAAUCAGAUUUUACUUAUAAGUAGAAAGCAAGGUUUGUCACAGGGCUAUCGAAUUUUGUCCAUGAUAACCGAUGACAAUGCUUACUGUAUUGUCUUUAAUUU